CUAUUGAGCAGCUGUAUACUAGUUUUAAUACAUAUUAAAAAUUAGCUUGUUUUCUUUAACCGUCAAUUAAAAUUUAUACAAUUAUUUUACUAGUUUUAUACAAAAGUAGAAAAACAUAAACGAUUAAAAAAAUGUCUGGGGAAAAUGGUAUAGCUACAGAGAUUUUAAAUAAUUCAACAAGUGAUGAUUCGACUGAACAUGAGUUCGAACCACAAUUUGAGCCAAUUAUUACUUUGCCUGAAGUGGAAGUUUCAUUAAAUGAGGAGCAUGAAGAGGAAUUGGUUAAAUUACGUGCAAAAUUAUUUCGUUUUGACACUACCGAUGUAGAACAGUCGCAAUGGAAGGAACGUGGUACCGGUGAGGUGAAAAUUUUGAAGCAUAAGGAAAAUCAUUCAUGUCGUGUUGUAAUGCGACGUGAUAAAACUUUCAAAAUAUGCGCAAAUCAUUUUAUCACCCCGUGGAUGUCAUUGAAGCCAAGUUUUGGAUCAGAUCGUGCAUGGGUAUGGACUGUUAUGGCUGACUUUGCUGACGAAACUGCCAAAACUGAAUGUUUAGCCAUACGGUUUGCAAGUGCAGCAAUUGCUAACCAAUGGAAAGAGAAAUUCGAAGAAGCUCAAAAAAUUGUGACCGAACAAUGCGAUUUAUAUAGAAAUAAUCCUGUAGGGGAUUCCAUCACAGAUUCUGGUCAAUCGAGUGAAGAAGAUCCAGAGAGUCCCAAGCAAGAAGCUAAAAAGGAUGAACAAAAAGGAGAUGAAAAAGUAUCCUCAGCAUCUUCCUCAGUAACUGACACAAAAGAAACAGAAUCAGCUAAAGAAGUAACAGAUAAAUUAGCGAAUUUAGAUGUUACUAAGUAAUUUAUUUUUCUACGUUAUAUGCUUAUUUUAAGUACAUUCCUCGCAGUUGUAUAGAAAGAUGUUUAAAAUCUCUCCCAUACCCCCGGAUGAAAUGAAAAAAAAGUCACUAAUCUCCGUUCGCUUGUCUCAUAUUAUUAAGUGUGAAUUUUUAUGAAUUUCAUAAUUUUCUUCCAUUUUUUUUAAUUUAAAAUAAUGUUAAAAUAUUUCUUUAUUAAAUGUUAAAAUAUAUAUGCCCUUAUUUUUUCUAAAGAACGAGGUUAUUUUUGAACUUCAAAUAAGAAUCACAACUGCUCAAAUACAAAAUUCCGGGAUGAAUGAAAUUGAAUUAUAACAAGAUUUUAUUGAAUUCGUAAAAUAAUUUGAUCCCGGUCAAUUCUUCAUAAUUAUAUUCGAUUCAAUUUCAAUCACCCUUGAAGUCGAAAACAUCACAAUUUUAUAAACAUUUAUUUCCGAACUGUAGGUAUACGAUUUUUCUAAGAAUCAUUACAGGUCAAAAGAUUGCAUGCUGUUUUGAAUGAGUUGAAAUCGAUGAUUUUAGUUUUCGUAUGUAAACUCAAAAAUUUGUACUCAAUAUUUUAUCCCCGCAACUUUCUUUACAAAAGACUGGUAUAAACUAAUGGAAUUUUCACGAAUUUUCGUGUUUUAUAACUACUAACAAAUAUAAAAUAUUCAUAAAAUCUUUGUUACAGGGUGCAUUUAUAAAAUGGUACUCGUAGAAAUUAGAAAUUCAUUGUCUACAUGUCCUUAAAAUUUAAUAACUAUGAUUUAUAUGCAUAUUUUUUUAAACAAUAACUCGUAAACGGGACCAUGGUCAAAAUUUCAUCUUUUUCAAGCUAUACAAUGAGAAUACGUUUGAUAUUUGCUAUUGCAGAGCUUGAAAAUGAUAAAACUAUAUUAUCGAAACGUUGUUCGUUAACUAAACGUCAUUAAUUUUCUGUCCACUUUCCCGUUAGCAAGUUAUUACUUAAUAUUUAAUAUUUUUUCUUCUAUUUCAUUUUCAAUCGUUUUUAUAAAUAAUCAUAUUUCACAGACUUAUGUAUUAAUUUAGAUGGCUAACUAAAUUCGAGCUACACAGCGAGCAAUAUAUCGCAGUCGUUGGUACCUCAUGAUUUCAGCGACUGAUCGCCUCCUUUAUAUUACGGAUCUUGAAUAAUCUUUGGUAAAUUUCUGUUUGUUGCUGUUUAGCCUUGUUUUAUUGUUGAAAAUUAUGUUUCGGAGAGGAUUCUCUCCAUCCUUUUGGAAAAAUAUAUAAGUAAUAGCCAACUAGAUAAAAUACAUACCUUUGAUUUAAUUGGUUAUAUAAUUAUUUAACUCACCUUAAAAUGAAAUAUUACUACCCCCCCCCCCUU